AUGGCUCGUGAGGAGCUGAUCUCCUCUGCUGAUCCGGCGGUAGCCUCGUCGCCGGUCGAGAAGAAAGUCGCAUUCCUUCAGUCGAAGAACCUAACGAAAGAAGAGGUCGAUAUUGCCUUAUCUCGCGCCGGUGAAGAUCCUUCGGCAGCUGCAGCUGUAACUGCGUCCUCUUCAUCUACCGGAUAUCAAUCUCCUCCCCCGCAAUCUGUCUACCGACCUCCCCCUCCCCCUUCCCAAGGAUAUGGAUAUCCCCCGUACGGUCAAUGGCAACCCCCUCCAGAGCCUCCCAAGAGGGACUGGCGAGACUGGUUUAUCAUGGCGACGGUGAUGGGUGGCGUAGGUUAUGGAAUGUACUUUGUUGCGAAGCGAUACAUUACGCCGUUGAUCGCGCCGCCAACCCCGCCACAAUUGGAGCAGGACAAGGAAAACAUUGACGAGCAGUUUUCUCGUGCAUUCACCUUGAUCGAACAACUCUCCACCGAUACCGCAGCCCUAAAAUCGGCGGAGGAAGCCCGCACCGAGCGCCUGGAUACUGCAUUGCGGGAGGUGGAGAACCUUGUCGCGGACCUGAAGACCUCCUCUCGCCGGAGGGACGAUGAAACUCGUCGCAUCAGUGAUGAAGUCAAGUCGUUGAAGGAUGCCAUUCCCAAGGCAUUGGAAGGGGCCCGUGAAGGCAAUGAGAAUCGCCUGAAGGAGCUGGGCACCGAGUUGAAGAGCUUGAAGGUCCUUUUGGGCAACCGAAUUGGUGGCGCCGGAUCUAACUCUCCUGCCGUCGGAAAGUCUGUCGGCACAUCUUUGCCUACUGCUUCUCGACCUUCGGAGGAGUCGACCCCCACCACGACCCCUGCCGCUGCUACUACCAACGGUGCCUCCGCCACUCCAGCUGCACAGGAAUCUCAGCCCUCGACAGGGGCAGCACCCACAGCAUCCACCCCGACCACUCCUUCCGCAGGUGGCAACCCUCUGUCGCAAUUCAGCCGGUCCGCUUCUAUCCCUGCCUGGCAGAUGGCUGCUGCCAAUCGCUCUAAAACUGCCUCCCCCGCCACUCCUGCCACUCCUACAGCCAAUGCAGGAGAUUCUUCCAGCAACACAACCGACAAACAUCACCGCUCCGAUAGACAUCGAAGACACCACCACCACCAUCACAGAGACAGCCACGGGCAUUCCCACCGCGAUCGCGACCAUAAGAGCCACCGACACAGUCGACACCAUGGCCAUGAUCACGGCCAUCGCUCGCGACGCUCCGAACGGCCGUCUUCGUCAUCACAACAACAGCAUGCGCCGGUGCCUCCUCCCGCGCCCGUGAUCCUGCCCAUGCAGGCGCGCGAGCUCUCGAAGCGCGAUCUCCCCACGUACGAGCCGAUGUUUGCCAUGUAUCUGGAUAUUCAGAAGGGGAUUAUCUUGGAGGAUUUGAGCGAGGAGGAGGUGAAGGGGCGGUGGAAGAGUUUCGUGGGAAAAUGGAACCGCGGUCUCCUCGCUGAAGGCUGGUACGAUCCGUCCACGUUAGAGAAAGCUCGUCGCGAAGCCGAAUCCCAUCCACCUGUGCCGUCUAGUCGCGGUCAGUUUCGCGGGUCACCGGAUUACGAAGACCCGCGCGAUGAAACUGCGGGAGCAAGCUCGAACGCCAACCUCCGUGAUCCAGAAGUACAGGGCGACGCAGCGGAGGACGACGACAACGACGACGACGAUGAUUACGGACCCGGGCUUCCAACUAGGUACGGAUUGUCGUUGACGGGACAUCAGAAUUCGGGGCCGUCAAUUCCAACAAUGCAGGACUUAGAUUUGCGGAAUGAAUCGGCGGUCGAGGACGCCAUUGCAGCGCGACAAGAUGCACAAAAGUAUCGCCGUGCAGAACUGCAGUCGCAUAAGUCCGAAAUGCGACAAAUGGAAGACGAGGUGGCUCCACGCGCAGAGCCGGGAACACAUGAGCGGCGCAUGGAGAAACGCAUGGAGACGGCAGCUGCUAACCGGGCUUUUGCACAAAAUCGCCGAGGGGGGUCGCCUACAGAUGCUGCUCCGGAGGAAGAGCUGAUGGGAUCUGGCGCGGAUGAUCUGGAGGCAAUGAAGAAGGCGCAGGAGAAAGAUCAACGUAAAAAGAAUGAGCGAGAAAUUAGGAGGGAGGAAAUAUUGCGAGCAAGGGCCGCCGAACGAGAGGAAAGGUUGCAACAAUAUCGACGCAAGGAAGACGAAACCAUCGGAUGGCUCAAAACGUUGGCUAAGCAAAGGUUUGGAUAAACGACUCCUACCACCCCUAUAGUAAUUAUUUGGAUUGAAAUCUCAAUAUCUUCCCC